GUUUGGCCUGACUUGUUUAACCUGUACAGUUAUGUCCCUCAGGUUUUAACUGAGUCAAUCGUUAAUUCAAAAUAAUAAUGACUGAUAAAUUGCGGAGAUAUGAAAAAAUCGAUUUCCUGGGAGAGGGACAGUUUGCCACUGUUUAUAAGGCUAAGGAUUCAGAGACUGGCCACAUCGUAGCUGUAAAAAAGAUCAAGGUAGGGAGUAGAGCAGAAGCUAGAGAUGGUAUUAAUCGCACAGCACUGAGGGAAAUUAAAUUACUCCAAGACUUGAAGCACGAAAAUAUCAUUGGAUUAUUAGAUGUAUUUGGUCACAAGUCGAACGUGUCCCUCGUAUUCGAUUUUAUGGACACCGACCUGGAGGUGAUAAUCAAGGACAACAGCAUCGUAUUGACAACUGCAAAUAUAAAAUCAUACAUAAUUCAGACUUUACAAGGUCUGGAUUAUCUCCACUUCAACUGGAUACUCCACAGGGAUUUGAAGCCAAAUAAUCUCUUGGUGGACAGUAAAGGGGUGUUGAAAAUUGGUGAUUUUGGUUUAGCCAAGUUUUUUGGCUCUCCGAACAGAAUAAAUACUCACCAAGUAGUAACGAGAUGGUACAGAUCCCCAGAGUUGCUUUAUGGGGCAAGAUUGUACGGCACUGGGGUAGAUAUGUGGGCUGUGGGGUGCAUCCUGGCUGAGUUGCUACUGAGAAUGCCUUUUCUCCCUGGGGAAUCUGAUCUCGAUCAGCUAACAAGAAUUUUUCAGACCCUGGGAACCCCGACCGAGGAGACGUGGAGAGGGAUGAAAGAACUUCCCGAUUUUAUUCAGUUCAAGCCAUUCCCAGGGACUCCCUUGAAGCACAUCUUCACAGCAGCUGGAGACGAUCUCCUCGACCUUAUAGCCAGUUUACUUAGCAUUAAUCCUCAGGACAGGUGUACCUGUGAUCAGGCUCUACAAAUGGCUUAUUUCAGCAACAAACCAGCACCCACAGUAGGUGCAAGAUUGCCCCUGCCUCAAGCGAUAAAGAAAUUACCCGAGGAGAAACCCAGUCUCAAGAGGAAAUUACUGGAAUCUAUGGAUGGAGGCACUCUUGCCAAGCGAUUACAAUUCUAAUCGCCAAAUAAUGACAUUUGAUUAUUUUUAUUGCGAAUUAUUAUACGGAAAUGUUAUGUUUCGAUUUAUGUGAGAGUGCGACGUUGAGGAUCCAAUUGUGAUUGAUUUUAUAAAUAAAAGUAUUUUCUCAA